CUCUGGGAGGAACCAUAUUUUGAGAUCGGCACAAAAUCAAGCCUUCGUCAACCCACAGAAGACCUGAGGAUGAAAGCACUUAUCUUCUAAACUAGCAAGUCCCACGUCCCAACCUUGAUCCAGUCUUCACAUGGACAAGAGACCUUUGGACCCCGAUCCCAACGUCAAACCAAUGGAACUGGAAGAUAUUGCAACCAGAAUUUCUGCACUGGACAAAUGGAGAGCCAUAUUCAGUUCUCAAGGGAUGGAGAUCGGAAAUUCAGCAAUUCAGCUAAACCAAGAUUGCCAGAAAGCAGAUGAGGAAAAUGAGGAGAGAGCAGAGACUUCAAGCAGCAAGAAGCAUGAGACAUUUCCAGGAAGUAUAUUCUACUCCAUCCCAAGAGAGUUGAUAGUAGCAUCGGACCUCGGAGGUCAACCCAUCUCAAUAGAAAUGGCAACGGCGCUGAGGAAAAUUCUGUUUGGAAACACAUUUCAAACAUUCAACUAUGAAUGGAAAAAGUCAUUUUUCAAAUUCAGAGAGGCCUUUACCGAACUGGCUUAUGCUCUUGAAGCAGAGAAGGGUGGAACAAGAGCCAUUCAACUGGUGAUACAAGCGAACAUCAUUAAGUACCUGCUGUUUACAAAGAAUAAGCAUGACUACACAUCAAAAAAGAGUUUAUCAGACGUAAGCCAAAAACAGCAAGAAAGGGCCCUGGCAGCAUCUAUUGUGGAUAUCCUUUGGACAACAGGAGAAAUGAAGAGAGCCACAAUCUGCCUCAUCACCAGUGAUACAUACUUUACAGAGAGCCCUGAUUAUAAAACAGAUAACUUUACAGAAAGACUCCGGUUAUUUGAGUUUGUGGAGAAAGACAAACUGGAAAAAUUCCUUUGUGCCCACAUACACUGUUUCAAAGAUGAAGGGAGCCAUGGAGUCAUAUUGUUUCUGUACAGUUUGCUUUUCUCCAGGACAAUUGCAAGGAUUCAACAAGACCUGGAUCACACAACUCCUUACCUCUUACAUUUUUGUCUGGGAAACUACACAGUCAGACAGGCAGUUUUAAAUCUGAUGUUAACUGGUAGAGCAAGUCCACAUGUCUUUAAUGGUGACCAGGCCUUGAAUGAUCAGAAUGUGGAGGAGAAGUAUCAUGGAGUCCUUGCACGCAGUGAUGUGGGCUACUUACACUGGAGCAGAGAGGAAAUGGAGCAGGACAGACUCCCCAAGGUGGGCAGCAUGCUAAAAACGCCAAAGUAUCCUAUCUGGCUCUGCAAUAUUAACGGAACCUACAGUGUCCUUUUUGGAACCAAUACGUCUCUUUUAUGUGACUGGAAGAUGGAGCAUAUUUUUGACCUUUACUUCUAUAGUGGGCAGUCUUCCCAAAAGAAAACAGCCCAUCUGACAGUCGAUACCCACUCACAUCACUGGGAGAAAUCCUACAAAAUAGAUGGAAGUGAUUAUGAAAAAAGAUUUCCAUCACUGGAGAUGAUUAUUAGAACCAAAUGGGAAGGAGCUGCUAUAAAUUGGCAUGGGACUGUGCCAUUUUUUUAAAGAAAGCAAAGUAUAUUUACGUGACACUUUUUGUUUAUUAAAACCACCAGCCUCG